AAGCACGCUUAAGACACUUACUUUUUGUGUUGAGCAAUCAAAUCCCAAAUAUGUUUUUUCCAUCUCACUGUUUGUUUUAAUUAACGUCUGAUUAGUCCAACGAUUUCAGUACAAAUGCAAUUUUAUAUUUCUUAUCAGCUAAUCAGCUAGAUUGCAAUACAUAAGUCGUUUGCGUCAAUUAAAAAUUAUAUAUAUUCAAAUCAUCAUUUGAUAAGACAAAUUGAAUGAGAAUUGAUUAAAAUCACCAAGUAUAUUAAUUUAAUUAAGAUUUAUUAAAAAAUCAUCGUUUACUGCACAAUGUUGUUGCUUCUUAAUUUUUCUUAUACUAAACACACACUUCUUCAAUGAAGUUUUUUAGUAAAAUUCUAAUUCCUAUAAGAAUUAGAAAACAAACAUCACUGACAUUGAAUUUACUUAACAACCGGCAAUAAUAAGUCAAAUACAUAUAAGUUCUCGGCCACACUGCCUCAACUUAAUUGUUAUUACUUUUAAUUGUGACUUACAACUUGAGGAUUGACUAAGAACUAGGCAAUGUAUCGAUUAAAUUCUUCAAAAUGUCACGAAAAUCCAAAUCAAUCAGAAGAGUUUUGCCAAAAUCUUGCGGUACUAUCAAUGCAAAUGUAAACAGACAUGAGUCAACUUUUGAAAAACUCUCAACUGAACUUACUGAACUGAUUUUCAGUCAUCUUGAUACAAAUUCCAUCAAAUCAUGUCUAGAAGUAUCAAAAUCAUUAAGAAAUUUCAUCAUUAAUUCACCAAAAAUCAUGAAAAACUUAAAAUUACACUUAGCUGGCAACAAUUGGAAAUCGAAAGCGAAAUUCAUAAAAAAGUAUGGAAAAUAUAUUCAACAUGUUGAUUUUGAAUGUACAGAUGAACGCUAUAUUUACUUUAUGUUUAUGCAUUUGAUGCCAAAUGUGACUAAACUCAGCAUUGACAUGUCGGAAAGUCAUUCAAAUAAACAAAAUCAAAAAAUGCCUAAGAUUUUUGAGAACAUCUCUAAGGUAUUCUCCAGAAGAAGUCAGUCAUCUGGAAUGGACGGAAAUACAUCAGAAGCCAAUCCAUUCAAUCAACUCUCACCAGAGCUCAUCGAACUAAUUUUGACAAACCUUGACGUCAACUCCUUAAAAGCAUGCCUACAUGUAUCAAUCAUAUUUAGAGAUGUCAUUAUUCGCUCGUCAAAAUGUAUGAACAAAAUUCCAGUUAAAAUUACAAAUGAUAACUGGAAGUCGAUGGUGCCAUUUUUAAAUAGGGAUUAUGGACCACAAUUCAGAAAUGUUGAGUUUCAUUGCUUUAAUGGAUGCUUCAUGUUUUAUCGACUUUUAAUCUUCAUGCCAAACAUCACAAAACUUAAAAUCACAAUGACAACAAGGUUAUGUGGAAAUCCUAAGGAUCAGGGUGAGUCAGAUGCAGCUGUAGUUGAAGAAUUAACAAGGUCGUUAACUUGCAAAGUUGAGAGAAUAUUCCAAGAAUUUAAAUUGACGAAAUUAGAAAAUUUGGAAAUUUCUUUUUUCAAAUUCGAUCCAACAACAAUUCUUAAUGAACUUCUGUGCUGUAAAAAUGUGAAAAAAUUCCAUUUUCAUUGUACAGCAAAGGAUCAAUAUUGUGAUAAAGUCUUGAGAUCGUUUUUACAGCAGCAGAAGCAUUUAAAGCAUUUGGAACUGGAAGUUGCACAAAUUGAAAACAUUUUCAUGGAUGGAUUGAUGAACUUUGAACUUACAACUUUGAAAAUUGUCACAACACAUGACAUAGACAAUGACUAUUCAAAUCUCAAUCGGUUCCUGUUGACACAAUCAGAUUGUCUUGAAGAACUCCGAACAUUUCCCAGAAAAUUUGAAAAUAUAAUUAUUGGCGGAAUUUUGAGUCUGAAAAACCUUAAAAAGCUAACGACUCAUGGACUUUUGCCUUGUUUUAAGAUACAGGAACCAUUAGAUCCAUCAAUAUUCAGCAACUUGACUUAUUACAGAUUCUCACAAAAGAAUAAAAACGAGAAUUUUGAUGAAUUUGACUUGACUUGCUUGCCAAAUCUUAAAUGCCUGAAUGUUCAAUUUGGAUCUAAUUUUGUAAUUGUUGGAACUGAUCCGAUUGUAGAAGUGACGGCAAAUCCACUAAGAAAUUUGACGAAUUUGAAGGAGUUCCACAUUGACAGCCAUGAUCAAGGAUUGUUGAAGUUUCUAGCUAGUUCAAAUCUAGAAAGUCUUGUCAUACCUUACGAUGAUGAUUUUUAUGAUAUCGAGACUUCCAUUGAAAUGACUAAGAACCUGCCAAAUCUCCAUCAUCUCACAAUUAUGGACAUUAAGUAUGAAAAGUUCUUCAAGUUUGUUAUUGAAAAUUAUGAAAAUUUGGUGAAAGUCAUGAAGAAUAACAAUCAUGGAUUGAAGACAUUGGAGCUACACUUUUCAUUAAAUGAUGUCCUUAAGCUGAUAAUUACAAAUGGAGAAGUUACAAAAGCUAUUGGAAGUUAUACUGUCAGCGAUCAUUUUAUGUACAAAAAUCAAAAAUUGUUGAAGAAAAAAUUUAAAAAUUUCAACUUAUCGAUGGCAACUGAUGAUGAAUAUAAUGAAAAAUAUGAACUUUUACAUUUUUAUUGAGAAUUUUUAAAGAUGAUUUUGAUU